AUGAAACUGGAACUAAUAACAUCGAUAGUCAUCGUGAAUGCUCGCNAUACAAACCUGAUAGAAAAAUGGACGCAAUCGUUUGCAUUUCGUGCGCUGUUGUCCACAAUUACAUCGGAAAUAUGCGGAUAUGAAACUGGAACUAAUAACAUCGAUAGUCAUCGUGAAUGCUCGCCGAAUCGUCUGACGAUGGAUAGUGAUGAUUUAAAUUUGAUGUUAACAAAAUUAAAAUCCGAAAAACUAUUUUGUGGAGUCGAACAACAAUUUCGCACACUAUUCACUGGAAAAAUAAUUCAUAUCAACAUUGUAAAUAAUAUUUGUUCGUCGUACGAGAGAGGAUUCACCAUUAUGAAAAAGUAUAUUGAAGAUCGUUUAAUGAAUUCAAAUGUUAAAAUUGAAGAUAAAAUUGAUUUUGGAAAAGUAUUACGCAUAAUUGAUGCUGAUAAAUAUGUACCUGAUGCGAGUGUCAGUAAAAAAGUAAAACUUCCGACUUAUAAUCAAAUUGAAGCGUUUAUUAGAAGAUUGUUUUUAAUUAGCGAGUCCAGAAUGAUUAAACUAGAUACUUUAUUUAUUCACGAAUUUAGUGAACAGCCCGUAUCACUAUGCAACAAAACAAAUGCUAAAUUACUCUAUCAAUCAUCAAAAUCAAUAUUACAAAAAUAUUUGCAAGAGAAAUUUGAUACUGAGUUUUUACAAGCACCCACCUGGACAUCUGAUUCAAAUCAGUCUGCGUUAGUUUUGGAUGGUGGGUUAUUGUUACAGCAGUCACCGCCUCGUGAGCAAAAAAGGACGAUAACUUAUUAUGCUGCCGAAUUGAUUAAUCGAUUUAUCAAAGAUCAAUUUAAUAAUCAUGAUCGAAUUGAUAUCAUUUUCGACUCUGGUGACAGUAAACAAUUAAAACAAUUUAUCGAACGUCACAGUACACGCACAACAGCAACUCAAUAUAGUAUGAAUGAAGAUUCUAUUUUGUGUGUGGGCGAAGAUUAUAACAAAUUAUUACGUUCAAAUCGUUCUGUAGUUGCACGUGCUGUACGAGAUUCAUGGUUAAAGUUGUAUCCAAAACUACCGAAUGGUAAAACGAUGUUUGUGGCUGGACCAGAUGAAAAAACAUAUUUGUUGAUUAAUAGUGAUUGUGUUAUAGUGGACGAUUUAACGUCAAAUCACAUCGAGGCCGAUACACGGAUUUUUUUGCAUAUUAAACAUAUUUCGCAUUUCGAAAAUAUUACUCAAGUUAUUGUUCAGGCAACAGAUACCGAUAUCAUAGUUUUAGCAAUUGGCUUUGCAGUAGAAUUUGGAAUUAAAUUGUACGUACAUUGUUCUACAUCACGAAAAAUACAAUCAAAGUACAUUGACUGUUCGGUCAUUGCUCGCAGAUGUAGGGACGAAUACAAAAUUCAUCCUAUGAUAUUAAUCGUAUUACACGCUAUUAGCGGCUGUGAUACAACGUCAUUCAUUAGAAACAUUAGCAAGCAGAAAUUAUUUCGUGCUUUUUUUAAACAACCAUCCGAUUAUGCCGAUUUAAUAAAUAUGUAUGUUAUUCCAACCACUCCUGAAUGUUUAUCAUGUGCUGAAAGAUUGCUAAUAAAUUGCGUGAAUUCAUCGUUAGCAACGUUAGACGAAGUUAGAACGUCUCAGGCAAUAACACACUUGAGAUCAACUUCCUCCCAAUCAUUUUUAAAUAUUUUAUCACCUACAACAAAUUCGUUCCACUACCACUGCAAACGUGUUGCUGUACAAUGUAAUAUUUGGUUUCAAUCUUUAUUCAACGAUAUUGAUUAUCCUGAAUUGAUUGGCAAUGGAUAUACUUCAAUUGAUGGGGAGAGUGCAAAGAAAACUACACGCCAAAUGGGAACUCCCGAUGACUCCAGUGAAGGUGGAAAUGUUGACAUGGUGAAUGCUGUGGAAGAAAAUGAUUCUGUGAAUGAAUUUUUGACAAACAACGAUAGCGAUCUGUUCUGUACACAAGAUGAUGAUUUACGUGAUGAGUGGUGUGAAGAUGACUCACAAAUGCACGAGGAUAGUGAUGACGAUGAGGAUGAUGUAUCAACUGAAGACUCUUUCGAUGAUUAUGACGAGUCAUUAACGCAACAACCGUUAUCAGUAGAAUACCGCUUUGCGUCACAGUUGUUAGCCGAGUAUAAUGAUGAUCCACAAACACAAACGGAUAUACACAGUGGAAGUCAAAGAUCGAUAGAAUAUGCCUAUGAGUUUGAUAACAAAUGA